AUGGGGGAUGCAACACCAGCAGAAGAGACUGAGCUCAGGGCUGCUUGCUGCCAGCUCUUUGAUUCCAGCAUGAGGAGUGUGGCAAGAAGACUGAGGACUUUCCAGCGCUGGCCACAAAACUCACCUGUAUCUGCCCAAGAACUGGUCGAGGCUGGGUUUUUCUUUGUGGGUCCCAGUGAUGAAGUGCAAUGUUUCUGCUGUGGUGGUGUCCUGAAGGACUGGAGACCUGGUGAUUGCCCAAUAAUGGAGCAUCUGAAUUUCUUCCCUUCCUGUAAAUACAUCUGUGGUGAGGAUGUUGGGAACCAAAACAUGUUCUCCCUUGAGGGAAUCUUUGAUACUGUGGAUGGGCAGCUCCUCAGUGUUUUGCAGGGGAUAGUCAGUGAGGAUACAGCCCUGCUCAGCCAACCAGAGUACCCAGAGAUGAUCAGAGAGGAGAUGAGACUGUCAACAUUUCAGAACUGGCCACAACAUACCAACAUGCAACCAGAGCAACUGGCUAGAGCAGGGUUCUUUUACACAGGAGAAGAUGAUGUAGUGAGGUGUUUCCACUGUGAUGGAGGUGUGAGGAACUGGUCAUAUGGGGAUGAUCCUUGGUCUGAACAUGCCAAAUGGUAUCCAGGGUGUGAAUUUUUGUUGCAGUCAAAGGGGAGAGUGUUUGUUAACAGUGUUCGGGCAACGUUUUCUACCACCCUGCUAACUCCAAGACUUUCCUGGGAUCAGACUGAACAAGACUCUUCUCCUUCCCAAGAUGCUGUUGAGAGAGCGACUGGAACAUCAAGAGAAGAAAGACAAUCCGUGCAGCAAAAGGACUCAGAUGAGUCUCAGCUGAGCGCAGAAGAACAGCUCCGCCGCCUGCGAGAGGAAAGGACGUGCAAAGUGUGCAUGGACAGAGAUGUGUCUGUUGUGUUUGUUCCUUGUGGCCACCUGGUAGCUUGUGGAGAAUGUGCCCUCAAUUUGAGAUUGUGUCCCAUCUGCAGAGCAGUCAUCCAAGGGAGUGUGAGGACUUUCAUGUCCUGA